AUGGUGGAGGCAGGGAUUUUAUCCAAAUUACCAGACAACAUAAGUUUUGGAAAAGACGAGAAUUCCAAACAAGAAUUCGCGCAUCUCCUCUCGUCCAUAUCGGCCCUAGCCAACACCAAAUUCUCCCUCGACUCGUCAAAACUCAUUCCUGCUAUAAUCUUGAUUCUCGAUUCUAGUUCACGCAUCGAGACUAAAAAACUAUGCCUAACCGCUCUGCACAACCUCUCGUCGGUCCUAGAAAACGUCGAAAUUUUAACUUCCAACGGUACCAUCGACUAUUUAAUAAACCUGUCGUCCACUAAAGAAACGGCCGAAAAAGCCCUAGCGAUUUUAUCAAACUUGGUCGUGACCCUCGCCGGGAAAAGGUCGAUCGAGCGAAAUCCGGCCGUUCCCGACCGGUUCAUAGAGAUCACGGCGUGGGAAGAAAGCCCAAAGUGCCAAGAAUUAUCCGCUUACGUAUUGAUGGUCUUGGCCCACCAGAGCCCGUUGAUGAGGCAGAAGAUGUCCGAGGCCGGGAUUGUUCAGGUGCUUCUCGGGCUGGUUUUGCUGGGAAGCCCGUUGGCCCGAAAGAGGGCCCUCAAGAUACUGCAGUGGUUUAAGGACGAGCGGCAAAUGAGGGUGGGCCCGCACUCGGGCCCGCAGGUCGGGAGGAGGGCGGCGAUUGGGUUACCCGUGGACGAUCGGAGGGGUGCAGAGGUGGUGGGGAAGGUGUUGAUGAGAAAAAUCGUGAAGGAGAGUUUGUAUAAGAAUUUGGAGAGGAUCACGAGUCGGGCAAGGGAUGGGGAUGAGGAUGCCUUGAAGCUUAAGGCAUUGGUGGUUAGUUCAAGCUCCAAGAGCUUGCCUUACUAG